AUGCUGAAGAUAUUUCCAAUUCUAGUCAUCCUUACAGGCCCUGCCAGCAGUCUUGUGGUGACCGUCCCUGAGAAGAUAGUGAAUGUCACUACAGGUGGAAAUGCAACCCUCCUCUGUACAUACACGAGUUCUGAACCUCUGGGAGAUUUCUUUAUCCAAUGGAGCUUUUACAGUGCCAAAGAGAGCCAACUUCAUACCAUCUAUUAUUAUUCAGAAGGCCAGUCUUACUCCUAUGGAGAGUUUAAGAACAGGAUAACAGCUGCAACAGGUCCAGGGAAUGCAUCAAUAACGAUCUCCAACAUGCAGCCCUCUGACACUGGCUCCUACACCUGUGAAGUCUUCAGCCCACAGGGUGAUGCUGGACAGAGCCAAAAAUCUGUGAUAGUCAAUGUGCUGGUCAAACCAUCAAAACCUUUCUGCAAAAUAGAAGGCAUGCCUGAAAAAGGCCAUCUCAUCUACCUCUUCUGCAAAUGUGAAGAAGGAUUGCCUCGCCCUACCUACCGCUGGUACAAAGUGGAUGGGGACACCCUCAAGCCUGUGACUGAACAACGUAAUCCAAACACUGGCAUUCUUUACAUUGGCAACCUCACCACCUUUGAAACUGGGUAUUACCGGUGCAUAGCCAGCAACGUCCUGGGGAACAGCACCUGUGAGCUUGACCUAACUGCAAACCACUCAGAUGGUGGUAUUGUUGCUGGAGCAUUAAUUGGAGCAAUUCUGGCAGCUGCUAUCAUUUGCGUUAUCGUCUGGGUCUUAACCAAGAAGGCAAAGAAUAAGAAGUCAUCAAGUAAUGAGAUGCAAGAAAUGACUCAGAAACAGCCCAAUGCAGAGUACGUUCAGGUACCUAAUGAAGAAAACAUUCCUGUGACCACAGUUCCAUCAAGCAAUGCAACCAAUGAAUACCCUAGUGCUGAUGAAAUGGCAGACUCUGGGACACCUGACAAUGAUCAGAAGCAAGAAAUGGAAAAAGAAGAAAUAGCCUAG